GCCGCGGGGCUGCUACAGAUCCACACGAGAGCGCGCAGGACCCUCACACACACUCAUUAGUACACUUGAGGAGGUGUGUUUCAGUGUUUGAGCGUUUCAUUGAGCAGAUUCCCGUUCGGAUGAGGCGCGGUUCGAGCGGCGGCGGGCUUUGAUGAGGAUGAGGAUGAUGAAGAGCGCGAGACACCUGUGAACACGUCCAGCGUCAGUCACUGAGAUCCCCAGGCCUUCAGUGCUAACGGUCCAGGCGUUCUCCUCCAGAGAGCAGAGGAAGCUGAUCUGGACUGGGAUCAGGUCUGUGGUGGUUAACUGCGGCACGCUUCAGGAACAGGAGGAGAAACACCAGGGUUCAGCUCCAGCAGCACUAUGACCGAUGGAGAUUACGACUAUCUGAUCAAACUCCUGGCUCUCGGGGACUCCGGAGUGGGCAAGACCACCUUUCUCUACCGCUACACCGACAAUAAGUUCAACCCCAAAUUCAUCACCACCGUGGGCAUCGAUUUCAGGGAAAAGAGAGUGGUUUAUACGACGAACAGCUCCAAUGGAACGACCGGAAAGACGUUUAAGGUUCACCUGCAGCUCUGGGACACGGCGGGACAGGAGAGAUUCAGGAGUUUGACCACGGCCUUCUUCAGGGAUGCCAUGGGUUUCCUGCUCAUGUUCGAUCUGACCAGUCAACAGAGCUUCCUCAACGUCAGGAACUGGAUGAGUCAGCUCCAGGCGAACGCGUAUUGUGAGAAUCCAGAUAUUGUUCUUGUGGGUAAUAAAGCUGAUCUGAACGACCAGAGAGAAGUCCAGGAGAAACAAGCGAAGGAACUAGCGGACAAAUAUGGAAUUCCCUACUUCGAGACGAGUGCGGCGACCGGCGCUGAGGUGGAUAAAGCCGUGGUGACGCUGCUGGAUCUGGUGAUGAAGAGGAUGGAGCAGUGUGUGGACAAACCCGCGGUGGACACACACAACACUGAUGGAAGCAGCAAACUGGACGCCGCGGCGGGAAACGAGAAGAAGUGUGCGUGUUAAAGCAGCGGCACCCAUCGGAUGUGUUACUGAAAUGUGUGGACUAUGUGUUUUCCCCUCGGAGAGCUGUGUUACUGCCUCGUGAUCUUUAACAAACCUCGUACAGAUUUAGCCAUGAUUACUACUGUCAGCAAAUGCAUCUGAAAUGUUCAAAUAGAAUAGAGAUCUUAGGUCAGAAACUCACACUGAAACCCUGAUGCAAACGCUCAUCAUCUAAACAGAUGUACAUCAACAAGAACAGAAUUAUCUGAGCAACAUUCAUACGCUGCCAGUCGAAAGUCUGGAGUUAUUAUGAGUUUGUAAUGUUUCUGAAAGAAGCUAAUUUGAUUAAAAGUACUGUAAAAUUGUGAAAUAUUAUUACGAUUGAAAAUAUCUGUUUUCUAAGUUAAUA